ACUGUGUGGUGUACUGUAGGCCUAGUGUGUACUGGCUUGCUUCAUCAUCAGCAAAUCGACAUUCCUGCAGACCGAGGCUGAGCGAUUCAUCCAUGGCCUCCAUCAAUCUGCAUCCAACAUUUCCUGGAAUUUAGAAGCAUCACCGCACUGAUGUUGUGAUCUGUGUUGGCAAAGUUCCCAGUGGGCAGAUUUCCAGAGCAGAUUUGUGAAUGUGAGCGUACAGCAGGAUUACAAGAAAGGAUUAAACCAGGAGUUGGAAACAAAACAAAUGAUCAACUCCUUUUCGAGGCCUGGACUAAGUGAUAGAGGGAAACUAAAAUUAAACUUUGCGCUCAAUCACCGCACCGAUGCAAUUGAGCACCCGAAACACCCAACACUGGCCAUGAUGGGUCAUCAAACGCAGCUGGAAAGAAACAAACUGCGGUCACACAGCCUGGAGUCCUCGGGCAAACUCCAGAUCUCUCCUGAGCUGACGUACGAUUUUACUGCGGAUGACCUGGUGGAUCAUGGUGAAAUUGGUCGAGGGCAUUAUGGAACUGUCAAUAAAAUGAGGCACAUCAAAAGUGAUACAGUCAUGGCUGUAAAGCGAAUUCGUGCCACGGUGGAUGAGAAAGAACAAAGACAGCUGCUGAUGGAGUUUGACGUGGUGAUGAACAGCAGUGCAUGCCCAUUCAUUGUGCAGUUCUACGGUGCUCUCUUCAAGGAGGGAGACUGCUGGAUUUGUAUGGAACUUAUGUCCAUUUCAUUAGAUAAAUUCUACAAAUUUAUUUACUCGACGUUGCAAGAAUCUAUACCGGAGGAAAUUUUAGGAAUGAUAACAGUAGCUACAUUAAAAGCAUUGAAUUAUCUAAAAGAGAAACUCAAUAUCAUCCACAGAGAUGUAAAACCUUCAAAUAUCCUCCUUGACCGCACUGGCAAUAUCAAGCUGUGUGAUUUUGGAAUUAGUGGACAACUUGUUGAUUCAAUAGCGAAAUCACGGGAUGCAGGGUGCAGGCCAUACAUGGCGCCGGAGAGAAUCGACCCAAGAGCCUCUAGUAAAGGGUAUGACAUCCGAUCAGAUGUCUGGAGCUUAGGAAUCACAUUAUACGAGUUAGCCACAGGGAGGUUUCCAUAUAGAAAAUGGAACAGUGUCUUUGACCAAUUAACGCAAGUUGUCCAUGGCAAUCCACCUCAGUUACUUGGUGAACGGUUCUCGGCAGACUUCUUAAACUUCGUCAACACCUGCUUGACCAAGGAUGAAAAACUCAGGCCAAAAUACAAGAAGUUGCUUGAGCAACCGUUCAUCAAGUUAUACGAGGUCAAGGAGGUGCAAGUCUCCGGAUAUGUCUCAACGGUCCUAGAUCAAAUGCCAGAAAACUUGGAGUUCAUGGAGCAGAGUAGCUCAUAGCAAUUGCCAGUUUCAGCAGGAAGGGGACCCUGCUGGCGUUUCCUGGAGAUAAUGUAUCUAACAUGCUGUGAUGGUUCAUCUUAAAAUCAUUUCACGCUUCAGUGGGUAAUAGCAAGUCUAGGCAUAUAUAUUCAUAAUCAUAACUCCCAUUUUUCAUGUUUUCAGGUUGUUGUAUGAUGAUUCAGAUAGAUUUAUUUGUCGAAAAUCAAUCCUAAAUGAAUUUGAAGAACUAUAGAAAGAAUAGUCCCUCUAGAGUGUGAACAGAUACGAAACCAUAAAAUACAUUUGAUGGUAAAUUGGUUCCUGUUGGCUCUGCGGCGUGCACAUUCAUGCCUAAGUAAUAUGCACAUUGUGCCUUUAUCAUAUGCAGCUGAGACAAGCAAACAACGGGACCUGCACAGAAAGUGUUUGCGCCCUGGCAGCGACUGUCCUAAAGUAUGAUUCAAUCAUAGACAUGUCCAACCGUUACCCUAGUAAGACAGUAUUGCUAUUUAGAAAAUAUACUUCUGGUUUCUUUACUCAGUGAGCAAAUUUACGGUGCAGAAAGAACUUUACUGUAUCUUUGUCUUGAUAACUUAUAGGGUAGAUCUUUUCAUUGAUAGAUUGUUGAUAUACAGCUAAGACUUGCUAUGCCCGCUGGUGUUUCUCUGGUCAUAAUACUGUAUAGGGAUGUAAUCAAAGCUUAAAUAUUCCCGCUUACCAGUGCAAUAGAAAUCUACAAGUGUGCCAUUAUUAACCCUUUUGGACGCGUAAGUAAAUCCAGGCAACCUGGAUUAGACCAAAAUUCUGAAAAAUCGGCUAAUUUUGUCUGCGCUUGUGUUUCAAUGCAAAUGGCGCCUUGUAAUAUUUUAGAUCAUAAUCUAGAUCAUAGGAAAUUUUUCAAGAAACAAAGCUUUGAACAUUUUGCUUGCUUCUAGUUUAGUUUGUCCAUUAAGGGUUAAAAAUUGAAGCUACUUCUUAAAUCUGGUCACAAUCUUAAUAACAUGGCUGGUUGUCACAGUUGUGUCAGUGCAUUACCCAGUUUGGUAGUGCUUGUAUACAUUUCUGCAGCUAACGCGAGUGAUGUCCCAUCCUGACUGAAUGCGAGCCAAGGGGAUCUGUUAUCCCAGGCUAUGUAUUGCUGUUAAUUAAGGGUUUCUACCAUUGAAUACUGGUGUAUUUUGAUAAAGGAGAGGUUUUCGUGACAUGAGUUUCAAUUCUUUAACUAGUGGAAGUAAUGCUCUCUAUUCUGCUAUUCGGGUUGAACUUGAAAGCAAAAUGCACUUGAAGCAGUCAAGUUCUUCCUUGUCCGAAUGGGGUGAGGUAUAAAUACAGCAAGUGAGUGUUAUGAAUUAUUGUUCCCAACUUCUAAUGUCGUGUUUCAGAUUAUAACUGUGGACAUGACCAAUGGUAUGGUUUGGUUUGGAUGUGCAUAUGCCUGCCCUGCCCAUGUUCAUCGCAAUUCUCAUUCUCACUGGUUUAAAAUCUGUGACUCUUUGUAGCAUUGAUGAAGUCAGUUACUUGCACCUGGAGGAAUAUUCUUGGGAGAAACCCUGCAGCAAUGUCAAAUACUCAUGAUUUAAAAUGAGAAAUAUUGCUUCAUAAGUGGACUGUUUUAGAGCUAUGGCAAGAAGCAUUGGUUUUAUCACUUGAGACUCUUGAGCCUUGACCUAGGAAAGAUACCGAUAAAUUUGGGGGCCUUUCAAAGCCGUUUUUAUGCUUUGUGGUGUUAAGAGUUGUGACACAAAAACCAGUGCUUCCUGUCCAGUGUUAUCACAAGGACCUUCCUUGUAUAAUUGUGAGAUAUGACAGUGGGUCCAAAUUCACAUGAUUUGUUUAUGCUUGAAGUGGAGAUGUUGUUAAAGAGAAAGUGUUGUGUGUGUGUGUGUGCUUGAACAGAGUAUUACGUUGAAUGGGGAUAAUAGCUGGUAUGUCAAGUAUCACUACUCUGAGGAAUUUGUUACCCGUUCCGUAUGCAAAAAGAAAUCAAGGCAGACAGUGGGUACAAGUUUGGUACGAGUCAAAACAUAGAUCUUGAUGUACAGUAGAACCCUGAACAGUGUGUUGAACUGCGUAUUACAAGUUGACUAAAAGACUAUCUCGAGUGGCAUUCCGUAUUACAAUUAGCGGGAAAUGUAGAGUUUUGUAUUUGAACAUGUGAGCACAUGUUUGGUCCUCGGACCAUUACAUUUUGAUAUAAUGCUCACAAUUCGGCGUCAUAUUUAGACAUUUCAUGUUCAUGUACAUUUUCCCAAGUUUAUGGGAAUCCACUUAUAAUUAGUUUGUUAAAAGUAAGAAUUAUUUUUUAUUUUUUGAGAAAAAAAUACAUUCAUUUUGGUAGAAUUUUUUAACGUCAAUUUGCCAUAUUGUGUUGGCUACAACUGACACUGUAGAUUGCAAUUUUUUGGAAUACAACAUUUGGCUGCUUCUCAAACAUUUUCCUGAUAUGCCUAUUAAAAGCAAGUUUUGUUGCUGCCACCUGUGGUUGUGAUCACAUGUGACAAAAAUUGCUCAUUGGUGGAGUUCAUCGCAUGUGCAACAACAAAGAUUGCUUGUUUUUCAUGAAUCAAUUUUUAAAAGCUUGUGGUCUUUUCUAUUGCUUUGUGCAAUUUUAUCUGCUGGUUUUUCUCCAGGUUCUUAAGAUUUUUCACACUGACGCUAUGUCUGUGAGCUGAUCCACCAAAACAUCAUCUCUCCAGCCUGAAGUUCUACCGGUGUCUUGCAAUCAUCUCAAAAUAAGGUUUUCAGGCAGGAAAUAGUUUUGGUAUGACAGAUACGUGAUUGCAGUUUCGCUCAGCAAUGCUAAAUUUCUUUCAAAUGGAUCACAACAGGUACAAACACGAACAUGGAAUUAAUAUGUAUAGUAUUUCUCACCUGACCUUCAAAGUACAGUACAUGAAGGUCACCUGUGUGAUGUUUGUAUGUGACCUCCUGGAAAGUGAAGAUGCGAAGUCUUUUAGUACUGUACAAUUAACACUUGAGGUGGUAUGUACAGUACUGUAUAUCAAAAUGAUGAGAAAUUAAUUUUGUCAAAUUCAAAUCCUGAAGCAAUUUUCGUUCUAACAAAUUUUUUCCUUGUCAUUACCCCAAAUGUUACAUAUGUAUGUCAUGUUUUUCCCGGUGUCUCAAGUUUAAAUUGGUUUUUCUACUGUCCAUGUAACAACAGAUAUUCAGCAAAUCCCUGUGACAGUUUUGGUCAGGGGAAAUUCUCUUCUGAAAAGCUCUUGUGCAUGCACCUUCGACUGGUGAGAAAUGAUACACCCCAGAUGUAUAAUUUGAAGAAAAAAUUCUUUUUGGACAUCUCAUACAUGUAAACUGGUUUCAUCAGAUAUACUAGAAAUGAGAAAAGUUAUAGAAAUAACUAAUAUACGCCCUAUAGAUGUUGACUUGAAACAUAAUGUUUUCAAAGCACAAUACCACAACAAUUUAAGAAAGUUUUGUGACACUUGACAGUAUUAAAAUGUAAAUGUUCAAUUGAUUAUUUCAGUUAUGGUCGACCUAUUGAUGAAUUAUCAAUAAACAUAGAAUGUGCAUGCGUUUCUGUUUAGAUACAAUUCAAUUCAAGACAAAGUACUGAAAUUUGUAGUGGCUAAGCUUGUGAUUGGGUUUGAUUUUUGGACAACCCGAAGCAAGCAAUGAAAUUUGGAAAAGUAUCUACUUACCUCUGAGUGGUCAACUUUUCUGUUAUGACAGAGAUGUGGCCUGGAGAUGUCUUAGUAAGGAAUUGUUUAUUUAAUAGCACAUCCUUGUAUUUCCUCACACAUAUGCAUGCCGCCACAAAAAAAAUGUCAAACUGAGCUACAAAUCUUGUUCAAGCUUCAGUCUGCUGGUGAAUGUGUGGCUUUCAAUCUUAUUCAAAGGUACUGUUGCUUGAGUAACCUCGGUGGGUUCUUGGAGUCAAUUUUGUGUUCACCUUCAAUUGGUCAGCACUUUAUUUGUUUAUCUAUUUCUUGUUGAUCAAGAACUCAAGUAUUUAUUCACUUGGUUAUGUAGGUGCACAAACAGUUGAAAGAUGUGUACUUGGUUUAUUUGAGAGACCUGAACUGGUGUAAUGUUCAUCUCUGUUCUGACUUUUAUCAGUUUGUGCUGUAUUUAUCCGACAAUUCAUGAAUCGAAUUCUGUUCAUAUUUCAAGGACAUGAAUUUGGGGCCAGCUUAUAUUGUUUCACCCUGUUAGUGUUCUUGGCUUCAAAUCAUAUGCUAUGUCAACUGUCAAAAAUAGAAGAGGGAAAAAAUAUCUUACCGAACCUUGAUGUUUUCUUGCAAUACUUGCAUUUACAGUGUAAAAGUUAAAUUUGGGCACUUCUUACUAAGUAAUAGUAUAUGUACUUAGUAGGCUAUUGAAAGGCCUGAAUGUAUUUAGGAUAUUUGGGUAAUUCUUGACAUAAGAAUAUUGCUGUCGGGUGUAAUUUGUUUUGAUUUGAGUGAAAUUUCAUGCUAUGGGUUUAUUUAUUAUAGUGUUGACAUGCAUAUCUUUGAGGCAGCCACAGUGUUAAUGAUAUCAUGAUUUGUAAAUGAGUUGAAUCUGUAGGAAUUUUAAGUUGUGAAAGAAUUCAGUUUAAAAAUAUGUAAUGCAACUAUCGUUAACAGGGAAUUUGUAAUGGCCACUUUCGUGCUAGAAUUCUGCGGCACUGUGUAUAGACGCAGUUAACAUGUUCAUUUACAUAAUGUAUGCUGUUGUGGAAGGGGGGGGGUUAAAACAAAACUGACUUAUGGAAGUACUGCAUCGUAGAUUCGUGAUUUUGUUAGCCUGUUUCUCUUUCUUGUGUUAAGUUGUGGUGAAAUCAAAAAAGGUUGGUAAGUGUACUCAAAGGUCAUCGUAUUCCAAAUGUUCUUGGCUUUUCUUAGUGUAGUUGGUCUUGAACAGUUCAUUGAACUAAAUUAAGUGGCUAUGGCUGUGGUUUAGUGUGACAUCACUGAAACACCAAAAUAGAGAGGAAACAUACUGAUCAGUCUACCUUCAUUUCGGAGAAGCUGCACAUGAUAGGUCGAGGCGACAUAGAAGUCACGUAUUACGUGUCAAGUCUCACGGGUCACAGGUGAACUUAAGAACAUUCAAGUCAUUGGGGAAGUGUAGGCAACAUAGUCGUCCAUGUGACACUUCAAACAUUUAUUUGUUCAAGUGUUACUUGUGACCCAUGAAAUGUGACAACUGAAGUUCUGUAUAAACUCGGCCUUAUGCAUGUAUGGAAGACUUGAUCAAGUGUCUCUUUAGCACAAAUGUGUCGUUGUGAAGAAAUAAAGUGGCACUCUGCCUUAGACCAUCACUGAGUAAAAGAAUACCUGAAUGAGUCCAGUUCAUACAUAACCCAGCCCUGUGACUCUCAGCCUUGUCUUCAACAUGCAAAAAUGUAACCGGAUAUCAAGUCAAAGUGGUGUUGAUAAGGCCUAGUUCACAUAGAAGUCACAUUCUCGGCUGUCAUCCUUCAUGUGUCAGGAUUGAUGUUUUAACUGUCAUGUGCAUCACGAAAUGUGGAUUCUAUGUAAACUGGCAUUGAUGUCAUCGAGAGGUUUAUGGACCGGAGUGACUUGAGUUACUUGGCUGUUAUAGAGUACUCUCUACCUUUGUGCACAAUAUGUUCAUCUAUUGACCAAUGUAAGAUUUCCCAAGCUGUAUAUUGUACAUAAGCCAUUUGUAAUAUAGUCCGUAAAUCUGUGCAGUCUUAUCAUGUGUCUGUAGUAUCGCCAGUUGAUUCUUUUUUUUAAAUAACACACAUUGGUGAAA